AUGCAUUAUCGUAUUGACGAUUCAGAAUUGGAGAUUGUUGCUGUAUUUAAUGGGGAAACAAUAGUUCUGGAAAUGAGAUUGUAAGUGGUUUUCUAAGGUUUUAGUAUAAAUAAUUAAACUUAUCAGAUAAAUUGUAUAAUAUGCGUUUUUUUCUUUUAUUAUUUAAUAAUAGAAUCGUUUGUGAAGUGACAAAUAACACAAGGACAAAUGAGGAACCAAACGUCGAAGAACCUGAUUUAAUGGUUUGUUCCAGUGAUCAAUCUGGUGAUCAAAUUUCGUGCUCCAUGACGGCUGACCUGGUUUCACAGUCGUUCCCCCGUUGCAACUUUCCAUUUCCACAGGGAGGAGAAAAUAUCACUAAUGAACUCGGUAAAUAUACAUUCUAGGAUCGACUUCUGAAUAAAAACUCUGAUAAAUACACUUCUAACUCCUAAUAAAUUAUUUUUGAUUUCAUGUAGAAGAAGUCAUGAGAAACAUGCAAAUUGUUGAUUUGACAAUAAUAAGAGUACANAAUAAUUAAACUUAUCAGAUAAAUUGUAUAAUAUGCGUUUUUUUUUUUUUUAAAUUUAAUAAUAGAAUCAACACAGGAAAAAAUGAGGAACCACACGUCGAAGAACCAGAGUCAACGGAUUCUUCCGAUUAUAAUGCUUGUGAUCAAGCUUCGAAUUCUUCGACGGCUUACCUCAUUUCACCGUCGUAUCCUUUAAACGUUUGGCCUUCGGAGACAGGAGAUAAUCCCACCCAAUUUAUCGGUACGUAAAUAUUCUAAGAUAGACUUCGGUAUAAAAAUUUUGACGAAUACCCACCCGCAUCCUAAUAAAUUAUUGUUGAUUAGAUGCAGAUUCGGAUGGCGAAGAACCACUCAGUUGCCUAAGAAGGCUAAUAUUACGAACACUAGUUCGAAGCUUAAGUUCGACGGCUGACCUCAUUUCACCGUCGUAUCCCCUAAAGGUUUGGCUUUCGGAGACAGGAGAUGAUUCCACCCAAAUUAUCGGUACGUAAAUAUUCUGGGAUAGACUUUUGUAUAAACAUUUUAACGAAUACCCACCCGCCUCCUAAUAAAUUAUUGUUGAUUAGAUGUAGAUUCGGAUGACGAAGAACCCGAGUCAACGGAUUUUUCCGAUAAUCUGGGUUGUGAUCAAUCUUCGAGUUCUUCGACGGCUGACCUCGCCUCUGGCCGGAAGGGUGAAAUGCAAACCGGGAGUCUCUGCGGAGAUAAUGCCGCCCAAAUGAUCGGUACAUAUCUUCUGCAUAAAACCAUGACAAAUACCUAGCUGCCUCUUAAUAAAUUAUUGUUGAUUUGAUGUAGACGAAUCCUGCAUGGAGGCAAUAAUUCGCGUGGUCAAUUUGACAAUAAGGAGGGUCCAACCCGUUGAAAAUGUUUUAAAAUAUUUUCAAUUUAUUUUAUUUGACUUGAAUAUGGGAGAGGUAAUAAUACUAUCGAUAUUCGUUGUAUGUAUUUAUUUUUUUCAUCUUGUUACAAUUAUUUUUAUUUCCACUAUUUAUUUAUUAUCAAUAUUUAAUAAUUUAUCAUAGAGAAAAAUAUAAUAUAUAUAUGUUAUAAUGUGAUUUCGCAGCAAAUGUAUGGGCGUAUAUAUUGUCAUUUGCACGAUCAGAAGGUGUGGUGGUACAAUCGUAAAUGCGAUUCAGAAUUAAAGAUCGUCGGUAAACUCUAUGGAGGGUUUAUUGUCCAAGGAAUGAGACUGUAAGUGGUUUUCUAAAGCUUCAGUAUGAAUAAUUACACUUAUAAGUUAAAUUACAUAAUAUGUGUUUUUUUAGCAAUUUACCGGACCAAUGGAAGCCGAGUGCUAGGAUGGUAUUAAACCAUUUAGAAAAUGACGAUACUCAAUAUUUAAACUUCGCCAGAUCCGCGUUCAAACAGUUAAAUCAAGAUUUACCGAAUAAGUAUUCACAUCUAAUCAAGGUGUGUUAA